AUGAAUAGGUGCAAUCCUAUCUCUCUCAUAUCUGUGUUGCUUCUAUGUUGCAACGCCUGCUUGGCGCAAACGAAUUGGGUCAAUUCCACUGAACUGCAUUUUAAGCUCCCUCCAAAGGCUCUGCGUGUCACAUCGCUUGCGGACUGGAAUAACCAAAACCGAGUAGGUUUUAUUGGAACAUGGGAGGAUCGCGCGUCCCUUGUGUGGUACUGCAGCAAAGAAGGUGGUGAUGACCUUUAUAGUGUUUGCUGGGAGUCAGCCGAGUUUAGUGAGCCAAUUGUCAGCACCAUUGUGGCAGAUUUGAAUCGGGAUGGCGUGCUGGACAUUCUUGUUCAGGGAGAAGGUGGGUCGUUGUUUUUUAUUGAUGGUAAUAACCGUAGUUUGACACCGGCUGCUAUUGAGACGGGCGGGCCACUUAACUAUGAUUCCACCAUCCCUCAGAUAAGCAUUGUAAAUGUGGAUGGCACAUGCGGUCUGUCCGAUAUUGCAUUUGUGGACACAAAUGGUUCGCUCAUUGUCCUGUCGGCUACAACGGAGACGUCUAAAGAUGGGAUGUGCAGAGGAGAGGGUCUACCUACAUUCGAACCGGAAGAGUUUGUGACGGGGGAAAAGGGGGUACGGGAGGUAGUUCCACUUAGCAUUAUCUCAGAUGACAUCGACGGAGACUGCGUCGCUGACUUGCUUUACAUGGUUCACACCAUCUCGACAAAUAUAGUUGAGGUCUAUGCUUUCUUCCCGCGAACCGCUAGACAUGAACUUCUGCUGACUUUAUCAGAUGCAAAUCGGUAUGGGUUUCCAAGUACUGCGGACAUCAAUGGCGAUGGGGCCCCCGAUUUGAUAUUUCCCCUAUGCCGUACGGAAGGUGAAUUAAAGGUCUUUGGGAACUGUUCUGCCUUUAAUGGUGUUGCGGUAUUUCAAAACAACCUGCAGGGAUCGACUUCUUGCAGAGGCAGCUCUUGUUGUACCGGGCAUCCCUACGGCUUUCUAAAGGAUCCCUCAUCUAUAUUCUUGCUUCAAGACAACGCUAAUUGUGGUAUCGACGUAAGUGCGGACUUUCCAUUGUUUAUACCUAACUCAAGAGAAUCACCGUUGAUCCUUCGGGCCGGUGAUUGCGACCGAGAUGGUUAUGUGGACCUCCUGGUUCCCAGUACGCGCGGCCCGCUGUUGAUUCAGAGUGCCGCGAACCCUAAUGGGACGUUUCUUGGGUGUACUCCGGUGGACGAUGCACUCACAGACCAUUCAAAAAAACAGUCGUUACCAUUUGGAUCAGCAACGGCGUUCUUUGCCACGAUCUCCGGUAAAGGUCAGCUCGAUAUUGUUUUAACCUAUCACGGUAGUGAGGUUGUUCCACUGACCUUGUAUGUUUCCCACACGCCAUCACUGGAGCAAAACUACUUCCUUACUGGAAGUGCACUCAACGGAGUAGGAACUGGUGACCCAUGGGGACUGUAUCAACCCUCUGCGGUUCAUCGCUUUGGAUGGAAUGAUAUUACCAUGAAGAAGCGUUGGGCUUACGGGUCGCAGAUGUCUCGAAGCCAAGGUCAUGCGCUUCAGUCACCACAGUUGUUUUUCGGCUUAGGUCGCACCUUUUCAUACGUCCAGGAAUACACGGUCGGCAUUCUUUUUCGUAAGGACGCUCUAUAUCACCGCUGGUCAGCCAAUCUCGUGCCAAAUUCUCACGUGUUUACAUGGAUGCAACCACUGGCUUCUGCGGACCGGUGGCGCUUGCAGCUUUACUUAGCCUUCGCUACCUACAAGGAACUGCUAUUAAUCGUGCUGGGAACCGUCCUCGUGUCUGUCGGGUUGCUUAUUGCGUUAUUAAGGUGGAGGGAAUUACGGCAAGAUCAGCGGGAGCUGAAGCUGAGGUAG